UCUCUUUCUCUCUCUAUGUGGUUUAUGACUUUCUUAAUAAAUAGUGUUUGAAGGUGUCCGUGCCGUAAACACGGCGUUUUGUCAAUCGUUUUCAUUGAUUACUGUUAGAAAAAAAACAUCUAAAGAAUUAUGGCGGACGUUUUAGACAUUGACAAUGCCGAAGAAUUUGAAGUAGACGACGAAGGCGAUCAGGGUAUCGCUCGUUUGAAGGAAAAAGCGAAAAGAAGAAAAGGUAGAGGACACGGCGCUGAAUUAGUUUCUACCCGUGACGACGUUCGUCAUUAUGAGUCGAUGAACAUAGUGGAGGAGGACGACGACGAACCGGGUCCACAAAGAUCUGUAGAAGGCUGGAUCUUGUUUAUAAAUUCCAUUCACGAAGAGGCACAGGAAGACGACAUUCAGGACAAAUUUUCAGAAUUUGGACAAAUAAAAAAUUUACAUUUAAAUUUGGACAGAAGGACGGGAUUUCUAAAAGGAUACGCUUUGGUAGAAUAUGAAACAUUUAAAGAAGCUCAAGCGGCAAAGGAAGCAUUAAACGGAAAAGAUGUAUUGGGACAAGCUAUUUCUGUUGACUGGUGUUUCGUAAAAGGACCAAAGAAAAUAAAGAAGAGAAGCCACAGGAGACGAUGAGAAAAAAAUAAACAUUAUUAAACGAAACAUUUAUUUCCAUUAUGUACGAUUAUUUAGGAUCAGAACAAGUUUUGUAUUUCAGAGACAUUAAAUGAAAUUAAAUAUCGAAAAUAAUACAAUUUACAAUAAAAAAUAGUUAUACAUGUC